GGAAAGGCAGGCCCCAAGAUUUGCCAGGUUUCUGAAGGAGGGAUGCCCAAGAAAGGCACUGGCCCCUUGUUUUCUGUGCUGGGUGAUGACCUGACACUCAUGGGAAAAGGUCACUGCUGGACACCUGGAUCGGGUCUGUCAUGUCCAGAGGAAGCGGCUGUUUUGCCACCUGCCUGCUCAUCUGCCACCUGAGCACCCUGACUGUGCCCUCCUGUAGGCCAUGGAGAACGAGCUGCCAGGCCCCCAUACGUCUAGCAGCGCGAGUGUCGCCAGCAGUACCAGUGGCGUCAGUAGCAGCAGUGGCGGCAGUGGCCGCCCCACGGGGCCCCAGAUUUCUGUGUACAGUGGCAUUCCUGACCGGCAGACUGUGCAGGUGAUCCAGCAAGCCCUGCACCGGCAGCCCAGCACGGCGGCCCAGUACCUGCAGCAGAUGUACGCGGCCCAGCAGCAGCACCUCAUGCUGCAGACGGCGGCCCUACAGCAGCAGCACCUCAGCAGCGCCCAGCUCCAGAGCCUCGCGGCCGUGCAGCAGGCAAGCCUGGUGGCCAGCAGACAAGGGAGCACCUCAGGCAGCAGUGUGUCUGCACAGACCCCCGCGCAGUCCUCCUCGAUCAAUCUGGCAGCCUCCCCAGCAGCAGCCCAGCUCAUCAACCGGGCUCAGAGUGUCAGCUCAGCAGCAGCCUCAGGCAUCGCCCAGCAGGCUGUGCUCUUGGGCAACACGUCUUCCCCAGCCCUGACUGCAAGCCAAGCACAGAUGUAUCUGCGGGCACAGAUGGCCCAGCCAGGUAACCUGGUGCAGGUAGCUAGGAGCCUAGGCGGCACUGUUCCUUUGUCCCCUCAGCUCAUCUUCACGCCCACGGCCACCGUCGCUACUGUGCAGCCUGAGCUCGGCACUGGCUCCCCCGCCCGGCCCCCCACCCCCGCCCAGGUACAGAACUUGACCCUCCGAGCACAGCAGACACCAACUGCAGCAGCCUCGGGCCCUACCCCCACUCAGCCUGUCCUGCCCAGCUUGGCCCUGAAGCCCACGCCGGGUGGUAGCCAGCCUCUGCCUACCCCAUCACAAGGCAGAAACACUGCUCAGGGUUCCCCUGCAGGUGCCAAGCCUGGCAUAACUGACAGUGUGACGGAGCCACUCAAGAAAGGAGAUGGCAACAGCAGUGUGCCAGGGAGCUUGGAGGGUCGGGCUGGGCUCAGCCGAAUGGUACCUGCUGUGGCAACCCACCCCCUCAUUGCACCAGCCUAUGCUCAGCUGCAGCCACACCAGCUCCUCUCCCAGCCGUCCUCAAAGCACCUGCAGCCCCAGUUUGGGAUCCAGCAGCAGCAACAGCAAGCAUCGCAACAGCCGCCGCCGCCCCAGCCAUCACGGCCAGCGCUCCAAGCCCCGUCCCUCCCCCAGCUGGCCGCGGUCCCUCCAAGCCUGGCCCUGCAGCCUGGCCCCGAAGCCCAUGCCAUGCCGCUAGGCCCAGUCCCAUCCACCCUGCCUCUCCAGUGUCCCGCUGCCAACCUGCACAAGCCCGGCAGCGCUCAGCAGUGUCACCCUCCCACGCCAGAUGUCGGGCCUCACAAUGGAUACCCUGAGGGCCUGUCUCACACCCCUCAACACAGGUUCCAGCAUGCCUCGGCUGUCAUCUUACAACUGCAGCCUGCUUCGCCAGUGCCCCAGCAGUGCACCCCUGAUGACUGGAAGGAAGUGGUACCUGGAGAGAAGAGUGGGCCUGAGACUCGGUCUGGCCCAUCACCGCAUCAGCAAGCCAUCGUCACUGCCAUGCCAGGUGGCCUGCCUGUACCCAAGAGCCCGAACAUCCAGCAGUCCCCAGCUCAUGAGACAGGGCAGGGCAUUGUUCAUGCACUGACCGACCUCAGCAGCCCCGGCAUGACCUCAGGGAACGGAAACUCUGCCUCCAGCAUCACCGGCACUGCCCCCCAGAAUGGUGAGAAUAAACCACCACAGGCCAUUGUGAAACCCCAAAUCCUGACGCAUGUUAUCGAAGGGUUUGUGAUCCAGGAGGGGGCGGAGCCUUUCCCGGUGGGACGCUCAUCCCUGCUGGUGGGGAAUCUCAAGAAGAAGUAUGCACAGGGGUUCUUGCCUGAGAAACUUCCGCAGCAGGACCAUACCACCACCACUGACUCAGAGAUGGAGGAGCCCUAUCUGCAAGAAUCCAAAGAGGAGGGUACUCCCCUUAAACUCAAGUGUGAGCUCUGUGGCCGGGUGGACUUUGCCUACAAGUUCAAGCGUUCCAAGCGCUUCUGCUCCAUGGCUUGUGCAAAAAGGUACAAUGUGGGAUGCACCAAACGAGUGGGCCUUUUCCACUCGGACCGGAGCAAGCUGCAGAAGGCGGGAGCCACAACCCACAACCGCCGUCGGGCCAGCAAAGCCAGUCUCCCAACACUUAGCAAGGAUACCAAGAAGCAGCCAACAGGCACUGUACCCCUUUCAGUUACUGCUGCAUUGCAGCUAACACACAGCCAGGAAGACUCCAGCCGUUGCUCCGAUAACUCAAGCUACGAGGAACCCUUAUCACCCAUCUCAGCCAGCUCAUCCACCUCCCGCCGGCGACAAGGCCAGCGGGACCUGGAGCUCCCUGACAUGCACAUGCGGGACCUGGUGGGCAUGGGACACCACUUCCUGCCAAGCGAGCCCACCAAAUGGAAUGUGGAAGAUGUCUACGAAUUCAUCCGCUCUCUGCCAGGCUGCCAGGAGAUAGCAGAGGAAUUCCGUGCCCAGGAAAUCGACGGGCAAGCUCUGCUGCUGCUCAAGGAGGACCACCUCAUGAGUGCCAUGAACAUCAAGCUGGGGCCCGCCCUCAAGAUCUACGCGCGCAUCAGCAUGCUCAAGGACUCCUAGGGCUGGCCGGGCACCGGGGUUCUGGCCCCGGGCUCCUCCUCCCGACUGAGCAGAGCCAGCGGACACUCCUGGGGGCCCAGAAAUGGGGCCAGUUGAGGGAAGGGGCCUUCCCUGUGGGGCAUGGCUGGGGAGGAGGUCCCGGCACCUCAAUGGCUCUCAGGGGCCUUUCUUUCUGUGGGAGGGGCGGAGAGGUAGGUGGCGCAGAAGAUGGGGCUUUAUGCUUGUACAUAUUGAUAGCACUGGCUUCCUCCAAAGUCCCACUACUCUAGCCCCGCUCUCUUCCCCUCCCUCUGUCCCCCAUUUUCCAGGGGGUAUACGGUCAGGGCUCCCAACCUGAGUUGGGUCACUUCCAAGGGCAGCCGUCAGGCCUGCCUAGAGGCUUCGGAAGCCCUUGCCUGCCUUCCUCCACUUCUCUCUCCGGGCCCAGCUAACUCUUCCUGCUGCCAGCUUCUCCCACUGCAGCCUGUUUCUGAAGCAGCCAGAAGGGUUCUCCCCCUUCACCCUCUACAGGUGGAGGGAGAGAAGCUGGGCCCAGUUUGGCCACGCCUGCUGGCACAGACGCCUUAACGCUGUGUGUGUGACUGUGUGACUGUGUGGGAGCCUGGACUGACAGGCCGAGAGCCCCCCUCUGGCAUCUCCAGGUGUUUUGUAGCAAACAGCCACUUAGUGCUUUGUCCUGGACUCCACUCAGCCUCAGGAUGGGGAAUAGGAAAGAAGGGCCGCCUCCGUGCGGAGAGGCACGAUCAGAAAGCGAUGAAGAUUAGUAGGAGAUUUUCCUUUCCAGAUGGCCGAGGUGUCUCCGCAGCCCCUUCCCGCACUGUGACGUCCCCCUGACUGCCCUGCUGUGUCACAGGCGGCACUGAGGAAGCUGCGGGUGGGCUGGGCCGGGCCACGCCUCCCCGUCUGCCCGCCCGCCUGCCCUGGGAGCCCAGCGGUGGGGCCCAGGGAACGUCCAAGGGCAGAAGAGCUGGAGUGACCACCACUGAGGUGAAGAAGGCAGCCUUCGGCCUCGGGUCCCACACUUCUCUGCCUCUGGAACUUGCUGGCGGCGGUCUGAGCUGCCCGUGGAGGAGGCGGGGCAGGAAGGGCGAGGGCCUGCCUCUGACUUGCCCGGUCCUCUGCAGACUCCUGGGGAGAGUGGGACUCUCCCUAGGGGGAGGGUGGGUGCCCUUCUCAGCUUGUUCUAUUCCCCACUCACACCCACAGGCAGGGUUGGAAAUGAAGGACUUUUUUAACCUUUUGUUUUUGUUUUUUAAAAAUAAAUCCGUAAAAUCUG